AUGGCGUCCGCAAUCGCAAAGGCCACCCGCACCGAGGCCGACUUCGACCGCGUCCCCGUCCGCGUUGUGCGCUUCAUCCGCCUCGCCACGGCCGGCGGCCUCGCCUACGCCGCCUACCGCAUCCACUGGCGCAUGGUUCUCGCGAGCUUCUUCACGGGUCCCGGCCGCAUCAGCCGCAUCCUGAUGCUCAUCUUUGCCCUGCUGAACCUCAAGAACAUGCCCUUCGUGUGGACCUACCGAGUAUGGCACGCCAUCAUCUACCACCUCUUCAUCCGCAAGUCCCCGCGGCUCGGCCCACGAUCCCUCUUCCGCCCCAUGAUCUCCGAGUCCCACGCGCCCAUCAUGGAGAUCGACUACAACAUCCACAAGUCCAACUCGACCUACUUCUCCGACCUGGACGUCUCCCGCACCCACCUCUGCACCUACCUCCUCCGCCCCGGCUUCCGCCAGCUCACCCACAACGCGACCACGAAGCUCGUGCUCGACCCCAAGUCGGGCAAGCCCGCCCGCGGCGCCCUCGGCAUCAUGCUCGGCGCCGUCCACUGCUCCUUCCGCCGCGAGAUCACCGCCUACGCCCCCUACGAGAUGUGGUCCCGCAUCCUGUCCUGGGACCGCAAGUGGCUGUACAUUGUCACGCACUUCGUCCCCAAGGGCACCGCGCGCCCGACCGCGUGGCUCGACCCCAAGUUCGGCACCGCGCGCGUGCGCCGCGGCCCGGGCAGCAACACGGACAGCACCGAGUGGGAGAAGAAGAUUUACGCGACGGGCGUGAGCAAGUACGUCUUCAAGAUUGGCCGCUUGACGGUCCACCCGGCCGUGGCGCUCGAGGCGAGUGAGCUGCUGCCGCAGAGGCCCGACGGCUGGAUGGGCGGCGCCAACGGUGUCGGCGACGAGGACUUUGACCUGAGCGACGUCACCGACGACGGCGCCUGGGACUGGAAGAUGGUUGAGAAGAGGAGGCGCGAGGGCAUGAAGUACGCCGCGCAGUUCGCCAGCAUGGACGAGCUGCACGGCUGGCUGGACGGCGCGGACGGUGGCGAUGGGAGCGCGCUGGGCAAGUUUGGCCUUGGCUAA